UAAGAAGAAGAAAACCAAAUUAAACGAAAACAUUAGAUAGGAAGAAACCAAUUAAAACACCGUCCAAAAAACUUCAUUUCUUCCCGUUGAUUUCACCCUCACCGGAGAUCCUUUCAAAUGAGUCAGUCUCUCCCACACCCUCACCCCGAUCCAUCCAAUCCCCCUCCUCCGAAACCGUCACACUCCGAUCAUACCGAUCCAGAUACCAACCAUCGUUCCGGUGAUUAUUCUCCCUACCCCAAGCUUGAUCCUAGCGACGUUGCUCCCCCGCCGCUGCCCGAGAACUGGACCACCGUCCCCAUGGGCUCCCAACCCCAAAAUCCACCUCCGCCUCCACCUCAAACUCAGCCAAACAGCGAGGCUCGUGCUCCCAUCUCCGAGGGAAAUGCCACCACUCUGCCGACUGAAGCUAAUCCCUAUGUUUCUGCAGCUCCGGCUCCUGGAAAUCCUUCUUCCUCCAAGCAUACAAUGGAUUCCGUGAAGGUGAUGCUUGGAAGAUGGGGAAAGAGAGCGGUUGAGGCAACCAAGAAGGCUGAGGAUCUUGCUGGGAAUAUGUGGCAACACUUGAAAACAGGGCCUAGCUUUGCUGAUGCUGCUGUGGGAAGAAUUGCUCAGGGGACGAAAGUUCUCGCCGAAGGUGGUUAUGAGAAAAUCUUCCGACAGACUUUUGAGAAUACACCUGAAGAGAAACUUCAGAAGGCAUAUGCAUGUUACUUGUCCACAUCAGCUGGUCCAGUGAUGGGAACUUUGUACAUAUCAACGGCUAAACUUGCCUUUUGUAGUGACAAUCCUCUUUCAUACAAAGUGGGUGAGGAGACUCAAUGGAGCCUGUACAAGGUGGUGAUCCCACUACAUCACCUAAAAUCAGUCAACCCAUCAACAAGCAAAGCCAAACCAGCUGAAAAGUUCAUACAGGUUAUCUCCAUUGACAAUCAUGAGUUCUGGUUUAUGGGGUUCGUAUCUUAUGAUAGUGCAGUGAAAACUCUUCAAGAAGCCCUACAUCCCAACAAUCCAUUGUCUGCGUGAAAUCUUAGGAAGGCUGCCAUUCUCCAUCUUGCCGCCACGGUGAGCAUUGAAGUAAAACUCAGAUUUUGAUGUUAUACAAAAGUAUUGUAGAAAUACAAAUGGUGAAAAACUAUCCUUUUAUUUCUUUGGGUAAUUCUAUUGUAGUUUUGGUAGUAUUGUUGUCCUUGUGGACUUCAUAAUUCAUAUUUGAAUUCUACUGUGUAUGGAUUGAUUAAAACAGAGCAGAGUGAAACAUUGGAAAUUGUUUGAACUUUUGUAGAUGCCAUCUGUAAUUUUGUUGAUUGAAACGUAAAUAGUAUUCAUGAUUGUAUUA